AUGGGCGAUGGCUGGCUCUGGGUUACUGCACAUAGAACUGGGGAACAAGGAAUGAUUUUCAGAGAGUUAGUCGAGGAUCUAGACCCUUCCAUGAUCCGAACACUGUUUUCUCCUGGUUCCACCCUAACUGCACUAAAAGUGAAGCGGUCGACAU